GCAGUAACCAUGUGGCUGUGCUGUUGAGCUCUCUUUCUUCCCCCGCUGAGAUUUAAGCUGGAGCAGGAGCUGCUGAGCCUGCAUCCUUAACGGAAUUCGGGAAAAAAUUCAGGGAACAUGGGAUUGCCAAGCUGCUAAUGAUCCUUUCCACGCUCCAGCUCCAGGACGAGCCGAACCCCCAAUGCAAUCAGGACCAGCAAGCCCCAGAUGUCUGACAAGAUGUCAAGUUUUUUGCACAUUGGAGACAUUUGUUCUUUGUAUGCAGAAGGUUCAACAAAUGGAUUUAUCAGCACUUUGGGACUUGUUGAUGACCGAUGUGUUGUACAACCAGAAACGGGUGAUCUUAACAGUCCUCCCAAAAAAUUCAGAGAUUGCCUUUUUAAAUUAUGCCCCAUGAAUCGCUAUUCUGCACAGAAGCAGUUCUGGAAAGCUGCUAAACCAGGAGCUAAUAGCACAACUGAUGCGGUUUUACUCAACAAACUACAUCAUGCUGCAGAUUUGGAAAAAAAGCAGAAUGAGACAGAAAAUAAAAAGCUGCUUGGUACAGUUAUCCAGUAUGGUAAUGUUAUUCAGCUUCUGCAUUUAAAAAGCAACAAAUAUUUAACAGUAAAUAAGAGACUUCCAGCUCUGCUAGAGAAGAAUGCUAUGAGAGUGACACUAGAUGAGGCCGGCAAUGAAGGUUCCUGGUUUUAUAUACAACCCUUCUACAAACUACGUUCUAUAGGAGACAGUGUGGUGAUUGGGGACAAGGUAGUCUUAAAUCCUGUUAAUGCUGGCCAGCCUUUGCAUGCCAGUAGCCAUCAACUAGUGGAUAACCCAGGCUGCAAUGAGGUAAAUUCAGUGAAUUGCAAUACAAGCUGGAAAAUAGUUCUUUUUAUGAAAUGGAGUGACAAUAAGGAUGAUAUUCUCAAAGGAGGGGAUGUGGUACGGUUGUUUCAUGCAGAGCAGGAGAAAUUUCUUACUUGUGAUGAACAUCGAAAGAAGCAACAUGUUUUUCUGAGAACUACUGGGAGGCAGUCAGCCACUUCUGCAACUAGCUCAAAAGCACUGUGGGAAGUUGAGGUAGUACAACAUGAUCCUUGCCGUGGUGGUGCAGGCUAUUGGAAUAGCCUUUUUCGGUUUAAACAUCUUGCUACUGGACAUUAUUUAGCAGCUGAGCUGGAUCCUGACCAAGAUGCAGAUAGAAGAGGACUCCACAAUACUUCAGAGAAGAUGGCAUACUCUUUAGUCUCUGUGCCUGAAGGAAAUGACAUUUCUUCCAUCUUUGAGCUUGAUCCCACCACACUGCGAGGAGGAGACAGCUUAGUCCCAAGGAACUCUUAUGUCAGGCUUAGACAUCUAUGUACAAAUACCUGGGUUCACAGCACAAAUAUCCCGAUUGAUAAAGAAGAAGAAAAACCGGUGAUGCUUAAAAUUGGCACUUCCCCUGUAAAAGAGGACAAAGAAGCUUUUGCCGUGGUACCAGUUUCUCCUGCCGAAGUUCGAGAUUUGGACUUUGCAAACGAUGCAAGCAAAGUAUUGGGCUCCAUUGCUGGCAAACUGGAGAAAGGAACAGUAACUCAGAAUGAAAGGAGGUCUGUUACAAAGUUGCUGGAAGAUUUGGUAUAUUUUGUUACCGGCGGAACAAAUUCUGGUCAAGAUGUACUCGAAGUCAUGUUCUCAAAGCCAAACCGAGAACGGCAAAAACUAAUGAGAGAGCAAAAUAUUCUAAAGCAGAUUUUCAAGUUAUUGCAAGCACCAUUUACUGACUGUGGAGAUGGGCCGAUGCUGAGAUUGGAGGAACUUGGAGAUCAACGCCAUGCUCCGUUCAGACAUAUAUGCCGGCUCUGUUACAGAGUGUUGAGACACUCCCAACAAGACUACAGGAAAAAUCAAGAAUAUAUAGCCAAGCAGUUUGGCUUCAUGCAGAAACAAAUUGGCUAUGAUGUUUUAGCAGAAGACACUAUAACAGCCUUGCUCCACAACAAUCGCAAACUGUUGGAGAAACACAUCACAGCUGCUGAGAUUGAUACCUUUGUUAGCCUUGUAAGAAAAAACCGAGAACCCAGAUUCUUGGACUAUCUUUCUGAUCUUUGUGUGUCUAUGAACAAAUCUAUUCCGGUCACUCAGGAGCUGAUUUGUAAAGCUGUAUUAAAUCCAGCAAAUGCUGACAUACUUAUUGAGACUAAGCUGGUCCUGUCUCGUUUUGAGUUUGAGGAGUUAUCAUCUGGAGAGAACUCACUAGAAGUUGGUGAGGACGAAGAAGAAGUCUGGUUAUUCUGGCGAGACAGCAGCAAAGAGGUCCGCAGUAAGAGUAUCAGAGAGUUGGCACAAGAUGCCAAAGAAGGACAGAAGGAAGACCGGGAUGUCCUCAGCUACUACAGGUACCAGCUGAAUCUUUUUGCUCGGAUGUGCCUUGAUCGCCAGUACUUAGCUAUAAAUGAAAUAUCUGGCCAGUUGGAUGUAGACCUUAUUCUUCGCUGCAUGUCAGAUGAGAAUUUGCCUUACGACUUGAGAGCUUCAUUUUGUCGGCUGAUGUUGCACAUGCAUGUUGACCGAGAUCCGCAAGAACAAGUGACGCCAGUGAAAUAUGCUCGACUAUGGUCAGAGAUACCAUCUGAAAUAGCAAUUGAUGACUAUGACAGCAGUGGAACUUCCAAAGACGAAAUCAAGGAGAGGUUUGCACAAACGAUGGAGUUUGUGGAGGAAUAUUUAAGAGAUGUUGUUUGCCAAAGAUUCCCAUUUUCUGAUAAAGAAAAAAAUAAACUCACCUUCGAGGUGGUGAACUUAGCCCGAAAUCUGAUAUAUUUUGGCUUCUAUAAUUUUUGUGAUCUUCUAAGACUAACAAAAAUUCUCUUAGCUAUUCUGGACUGUGUUCAUGUUGCAACUAUUUUCCCGAUUACAAAGGCAACAAAAGGGGAAGAAAGUAAAGGGAGCAAUGUGAUGAGAUCUAUCCAUGGUGUUGGAGAGCUCAUGACCCAAGUAGUACUCAGAGGUGGUGGCUUCUUGCCUAUGACACCCUUGGCCGCUGUCCCGGAAGGUAAUGUGAAGCAAGUUGAACCCGAGAAAGAGGACAUCCUGGUAAUGGAUACCAAACUGAAAAUAAUUGAAAUCCUCCAGUUUAUUCUGAAUGUGAGAUUGGAUUACCGAAUCUCAUGCCUUCUGUGUAUAUUUAAACGAGAAUUUGAUGAAAGCAAUGCACAGACAUCUGAGUCACCUUCAGGGAGUAAUAAUCAAGAAAUGCCAAAUGUACCAGGUGCUCUUGACUUUGAAAAUAUUGAAGAACAAGCAGAAGGGAUAUUUGGAGGCAGUGAAGAGAAUACACCACUAGAUUUGGAUGAUCAUGGUGGCAGAACUUUCCUGAGAGUUUUGCUCCAUUUAACAAUGCAUGACUAUCCUCCACUAGUAUCUGGGGCACUUCAGCUACUCUUCAGACACUUUAGUCAGAGGCAAGAAGUCCUCCAGGCUUUUAAACAGGUUCAACUGCUUGUUACCAGCCAAGAUAUUGACAAUUAUAAGCAGAUAAAGCAAGACUUGGAUCAGCUGAGGUCCAUUGUUGAAAAAUCGGAACUCUGGGUAUACAAAGGACAGGGGCCUGAUGAAGCUGCAGAUGUGACAACAGGAGAAAAUGAACAUAAGAAAAAGGAGGAAGGUCGCAGCAAAUCCUCUAAACCGGAAAGCACUAGUAGCUACAAUUAUAGGGUAGUAAAAGAGAUUUUGCUUCGCCUUAGCAAGCUUUGUGUCCAGGAGAGUAUCUUGGUCAGGAAAAGCAGGAAACAGCAGCAGAGAUUGCUCCGAAACAUGGGGGCUCAUGCGGUGGUACUGGAACUCUUACAAAUCCCCUAUGAGAAAGCUGAAGAUAUACGCAUGCAGGAGAUCAUGAAACUGGCCCAUGAGUUUCUACAGAACUUCUGUGCUGGCAAUCAACAAAAUCAGGCUUUGCUACACAAGCAUAUAAAUCUGUUUCUCAACCCUGGGAUCCUGGAAGCCGUGACGAUGCAGCAUAUCUUCAUGAAUAAUUUCCAGCUUUGCAGUGAAAUUAAUGAGCGAGUGGUUCAACACUUUGUGCACUGUAUCGAAACACAUGGAAGGAAUGUCCAGUACAUUAAAUUCCUCCAGACAAUUGUUAAGGCUGAAGGGAAGUUCAUUAAAAAGUGUCAGGAUAUGGUCAUGGCAGAGUUGGUCAAUGCAGGGGAAGAUGUCCUUGUAUUCUACAAUGACAGAGCUUCAUUCCAGACAUUAGUGCAGAUGAUGAGAUCAGAACGGGACAGAAUGGAUGAAAACAGUGCUCUCAUGUAUCAUAUCCACUUAGUAGAAUUGCUGGCUGUUUGCACCGAGGGCAAAAAUGUCUACACCGAAAUCAAGUGCAACUCUCUUCUCCCCUUGGAUGACAUUGUUAGAGUUGUAACCCAUGAGGAUUGCAUACCUGAGGUGAAAAUAGCCUAUAUUAAUUUUCUAAACCACUGCUAUGUCGACACAGAAGUUGAAAUGAAAGAGAUUUAUACGAGCAAUCAUAUGUGGAAGCUCUUUGAAAACUUUCUUGUGGAUAUCUGUAGGACUUGCAACAAUACCAGUGAUAGGAAGCAUGCAGAUUCGAUAUUGGAAAAAUAUGUGACUGAAAUAGUGAUGAGUAUAGUUACUACCUUCUUCAGUUCUCCAUUUUCAGACCAGAGCACAACUUUGCAGACUCGUCAGCCAGUGUUCGUGCAACUUUUACAAGGUGUGUUUCGAGUGUAUCACUGUAACUGGCUCAUGCCUAGUCAAAAAGCAUCAGUGGAAAGUUGUAUCAGAGUACUUUCAGAUGUAGCAAAGAGCAGAGCGAUUGCUAUCCCAGUUGAUCUUGACAGCCAGGUCAAUAACCUCUUCCUGAAGUCUCACAAUAUAGUGCAAAAAACAGCGAUGAACUGGAGGAUGACGGCAAGAAAUGCUGCCCGGAGAGAUUCUGUGAUGGCAGCGUCAAGGGAUUAUCGUAAUAUCAUUGAGAGGCUGCAAGAUAUAGUAUCAGCUUUGGAAGAUCGCUUACGGCCACUGGUCCAAGCUGAAUUGUCUGUAUUGGUGGAUGUCCUUCAUAGACCAGAACUGCUUUUCCCAGAAAAUACAGAUGCUAGAAGGAAAUGUGAAAGUGGAGGUUUUAUCUGCAAGUUAAUAAAACAUACUAAGCAGCUGCUGGAAGAGAAUGAGGAGAAACUUUGUAUUAAAGUAUUACAGACACUCAGGGAAAUGAUGACCAAAGAUAGAGGCUAUGGAGAGAAGGGGGAGGCCCUGAGACAGGUUUUGGUAAAUCGUUACUACGGGAACAUCAGAAGUGGAGGAAGACGAGAGAGCCUCACCAGCUUUGGCAAUGGACCUUUAUCUCCUGCAGGGCCCAACAAACCUGGAGGAGCAGGAAGUGGGUCGGGAUCCAGCUCAACCAACCGUGGUGAAAUGAGUUUGACAGAAGUCCAGUGUCACUUGGAUAAGGAAGGAGCAUCCAAUCUAGUUAUAGACCUCAUCAUGAAUGCCACUAGCGAUAGAGUUUUCCAUGAAAGCAUCCUGUUGGCUAUUGCCCUACUGGAAGGUGGCAACACAAUUAUACAGCACUCCUUUUUUUGUCGCUUAUUGGAAGAUAAGAAAUCAGAAAAAUUCUUCAAAGUUUUUUAUGAUCGUAUGAAAGUCGCUCAGCAAGAAAUCAAGGCCACAGUCACAGUUAACACCAGUGAUUUGGGAAACAAAAAGAAAGAUGAUGACUCCGACAGAGAUAUGCCAGCAAGGAAGAGAGCAUUAAGGGAACCCCUGACCCAAAUAACAGAGGAAGUGAGAGAUCAGUUGGUUGAGGCCUCCACCGCUACAAGAAAAGCAUUUAACACCUACCGAAGAGAAGCCGAUCCUGAUGAUCAUUAUUCGGCUGUAGAAGGAGCACAGUCGGUGGCAGAUAAAAACAAAGAUGAACUGGAGAUGAGUGCUGUCAUCACAAUAAUGCAGCCCAUCUUACGUUUUUUGCAGUUGCUGUGUGAAAACCACAACCGGGAUUUGCAGAACUUUCUGCGUUGCCAAAACAACAAGACUAAUUACAACCUAGUGUGUGAGACAUUACAGUUUUUAGAUUGUAUUUGUGGAAGUACAACUGGAGGACUUGGAUUGCUUGGGCUGUACAUUAAUGAGAAAAAUGUAGCAUUGAUCAACCAGACUCUGGAAAGUUUGACAGAGUAUUGCCAGGGACCAUGUCAUGAAAAUCAGAACUGCAUUGCUACUCAUGAGUCCAAUGGUAUUGAUAUAAUUACAGCAUUAAUUCUCAAUGACAUCAAUCCCCUGGGAAAAAAGAGGAUGGAUCUUGUAUUAGAACUGAAGAAUAAUGCCUCAAAGUUACUCUUGGCUAUAAUGGAAAGUAGGCAUGACAGUGAGAAUGCAGAAAGGAUCCUUUAUAACAUGAGACCAAAAGAACUGGUAGAAGUAAUUAAAAAGGCCUAUCAGCAAGGUGAGGUUGAAUUUGAAGAUGGAGAGAAUGGUGAAGAUCUUGCUGCAUCUCCUAGAAAUGUGGGGCAUAAUAUUUACAUAUUAGCCCAUCAGCUUGCUCGCCACAACAAAGAAUUGCAAAACAUGUUGAAGCCUGGAGGACAAAUAGAUGGAGACGAAGCUUUAGAAUUCUAUGCCAAGCAUACAGCUCAAAUUGAGAUAGUUAGAUCAGAUCGUACUAUGGAGCAAAUAGUCUUCCCUGUGCCCAGUAUAUGUGAGUUCCUCACCAAAGAAUCUAAACUCCGGGUGUACUACACUACAGAAAGGGAUGAGCAAGGCAGCAAAAUCAAUGAUUUCUUUAUGAGUUCUGAGGACCUUUUUAAUGAAAUGAACUGGCAAAAAAAGCUGAGAGCUCAGCAUAUCUUGUAUUGGUGUUCCCGCAACAUGUCCUUCUGGAGCAGUAUUUCAUUCAACCUUGCAGUCCUUAUGAAUCUACUGGUAGCAUUUUUCUAUCCAUUUAAAGGAAUCAAAGGAGGUACACUGGAGCCCCAUUUAUCAGGCUUACUCUGGACAGCCUUGCUGAUAUCACUUGCCAUUGUUAUCGCUUUACCUAAGCCCCAUGGCAUUAGGGCUCUAAUAGCUUCUACAAUAUUGCGAUUAAUUUUUUCUGUAGGUUUACAGCCCACAUUGUUUCUUCUGGGGGCUUUCAAUGUUUGUAACAAAAUUAUAUUUCUGAUGAGUUUUGUUGGUAAUUGUGGAACAUUUACUAAAGGAUACAGAGCCAUGAUCCUUGAUGUUGAGUUUCUUUAUCAUCUACUGUAUCUUCUGAUUUGUGCAAUGGGGCUCUUUGUUCAUGAAUUUUUCUACAGUUUAUUGCUUUUUGACUUGGUGUACAGGGAGGAGACCUUGCUGAAUGUCAUUAAAAGUGUCACUCGCAAUGGACGUUCAAUCAUCUUGACCGCUGUCCUUGCUCUUAUUUUGGUUUACCUGUUUUCAAUAGUUGGAUACCUGUUCUUCAAGGAUGACUUUAUCUUGGAAGUAGAUAAGCUACCUAAUGAGACACUAUUGCCAGAUCAACAUAAUGAAAUUGGAGAGCCAAUGACUAGAGAGUUCUUAUAUUCUAAUGUGUGCAAAAUAAAGGAUGGUGAGAAUUGUUCUUCUGUUAUUCCUUCUACCGAGCUAGUUUCUGAAGAAUCUGAAGAGGAUAAAGAACAUACAUGUGAGACGUUGCUGAUGUGCAUUGUUACUGUGCUUAGUCAUGGGCUGAGAAGCGGGGGCGGAGUAGGAGAUGUACUCAGGAAACCAUCCAAGGAGGAACCUCUGUUUGCUGCAAGAGUGAUAUAUGAUCUCCUCUUCUUCUUCAUGGUGAUCAUUAUUGUCCUUAAUCUGAUUUUUGGAGUGAUUAUUGAUACCUUUGCUGAUUUAAGAAGUGAGAAACAGAAGAAAGAAGAAAUUUUGAAAACAACAUGUUUUAUUUGUGGUUUGGAAAGAGACAAGUUUGAUAACAAGACAGUGACUUUCGAGGAACAUAUUAAAGAGGAGCACAAUAUGUGGCAUUAUUUAUUCUUCAUUGUGUUGGUAAAAGUAAAAGACUCUACGGAAUAUACAGGGCCUGAGAGUUAUGUAGCAGAAAUGAUAAAGGAAAGAAAUCUGGAUUGGUUCCCCCGGAUGCGUGCCAUGUCACUUGUUAGUAGCGACUCAGAAGGAGAACAGAAUGAACUUAGAAACCUGCAAGAGAAGCUUGAAUCAACGAUGAAGCUGGUAUCUAACCUUUCUAGUCAGCUGACGGAACUUAAAGAUCAGAUGACAGAGCAGAGAAAGCAAAAACAGCGUAUUGGUCUCCUAGGACAUCCUCCUAUCAAUGUGAACCCACAACAACCAGCAUAAAUUGGAUGGGUGGUUCGUCUCCCCAUUGUAUUUCCUUCCUUCAUACCAGAGUUGAGAUCCAGUUCUUAAAGCUGCUUCGAUGUAUUCCCAGUUCAUGUAAAUAAACCUGAUUUUUUUAUACUGUAUGUAUAGCACUGCU